AUGUUGACGAAGCCUUCGAUAAAUCAUACUAUUGCUUCUCUUUUACCAUCAUUAUCAUCGUUGGAUGUUGAGAAAUUUACGAAUGAUUGGCUCAGUGCAUAUGUAUCAUUUUUUGGAAAAUCAUUUCCAGCAUCGGUGACACGUCAACCUUUUCUAUGGGUCAUUCGUUCAUCAUUAUUGAAAAUUUUAAAUUCAUUGGGAUUAUCAAGUAUGGUACCUGAAGGUAGUGCUACAUUCCAUUUGCUGAUGUCGGCAUGGGGAAAUUUACAGCCACGUGUUGGUGCUACAGAAGUUCUCAGUAAAUUGAGCAGAAAAUAUCAAUUGGGCUUACUUUCAAAUGGUGAUAAAGGUACACUGCAAGCAGCGCUACGUGUCUUUCCAUCGUCGGUGAAUGUUUCAUUGAUAUUAUCAUCAGAUUAUCCAGUCAACUGUUUCAAAGCAUGUCCAGCGAUGUAUGCGCAAGCAUUAGCUGCAGUUAAUGGUGAUAAGACACAAAUAUUCCAUGUCGCUGGUUCGACAUAUGAUGCGCAGGGUGCACGUACUUUUGGCAUAUUUUCAGGUGCAUUGGACAGUUCAGCAAUGCAUACAAAUUCUAAACCAUGCUUUGCUUUUGAUGAUAUAUCACAGUUACUUUCAUUUUUUAAUGUUUAA